GCGGUGGAAGGCCUUUUUAAGCAUGCAGUUGAAAUAAGAAAAUUUGACUUUGGAUCAGUAUUGCUGUGUUGAGUUAUUCACGAAGUGGCAAUUAGCCGUGAGAGGAUCUCAUUUUAUCUAAUUAUCAAAGGAGACUACAGGUUACACAAGGGCUGAUAUGACCCGACUGCUGUUCGCCUGUUCGUUGCUUUGCUUGGCCAUCGUCGCAUGCGCACAGCAGGCAGAACGGACGACCGGAAGUGACGUCACAGACGAGGAGCCUCACCCUUAUACUAUUUCAUUCUUCCUGUUCCCACAUCAUGAGACUGUUGAACUGUCAGGCGGGAAAGGGAAGGUCACGAAUGUCACUCAACAUGAUAAAUCAAAUGAUCUGACUAAAGCAAAAGGAAAGAAUCCGUCGGGUGAUCUCGCUCUGGAUGAUGACCCGGAUAUAUCUUACCAGCACGGUAGCGUGAAACACCCCGCCCAUGAAAUGUACCCCAUGUGCCAUCACUGUCCAAUGAAUUCAACAUACGACGAAUGUACACAUAAACGCACACUCAAGAAAUGUAAUGAUGGUCUUUCUAAUAUCUGCUUUACAAAGAGUACAAAGAGGAACGAUGUAGUUCACUAUCAUAUGGGCUGUGCUAACCACAAGCAAUGUCAGAGGGCUCGUGCUAAACCAUGCAAAGUUCACGAGAAACGCUGUUUUACUUGCUGCCAAUGGAGCGGAUGUAAUUCAAUGUCUCACCAUGGAGACUCAACUGCUCUUUCAUUCUGGAAUACAGGUCACGUGACUUCUGUCGACUGGGUUACUCUGGGCGUCAGCUUGGUGACCUUUGGUAUAAUUUAUUUCAUUUAAAGAGAAAAACCUUCAAAAGUAACAUGUACAUAGAGUUUGGCCGACUCAGUCUAACAACACAAAUGGACUUUGUUUGUAUUCUUGAGAUUCGAAGGACUUCUUUUGACCAUAUUAUCCCUUAGGCAGCGAGAAUGUCUUUUAACUUUCCAUGCUGACUGAAAGGAACCUAAUAAUAUGUUUAAAAAGCUGCUGUAAUAUACCUUUUUGACGGUAGAUAAUGUUGGAGUGGACAUAUCUUAGGGAACAAAGCCCGUUGCAGUUUGUUGGAGUAAUUUUUCCAUAUGACUUUGAAGUAUUUAUCGUUUUCUCGGAGCCUGCGAACACCGAAAUUUACACAGAUUUUGUCACAGAAAGAUUCCUUUUGCAAUUUCUGAGACUCCAGUAAAUUAGGCGGAUGAUAAAGCGAACCUCAAAAGUGUCUUUUCUCGUCGAUAAUUAUUUGAUGUUGAUUGAGUCUAGGCUCAGAAUGUGUUAACAGCUCUGUGAGGACCUUUAGAUUAUUCGGGUUUGUGAAAAAUUUCGUAGGCAAAGUAUCAACGGGCUUCAGCUCUUUACUGGAAAACCUCACUCAGUUAUACCCAUACAAUAAACAGACCUGGAGUUGUUUGGUGUAUGAAUAUAAUUAUAGUGGCAUUAAAGCACAUGUCUUUCUGUUCAGUUCCUGAAUAAGAGAGUCUCAGAGGCUGAAAUAAUAAAUUGAGUAACAACUAA